AUGGGUGCGGCGCAGGGUAAGUUGACGGAGGGGGAACACGACAAAUGUAAUGGAAGCCAGAACCGCUGUCAUAAAAUCUGUCCCAAAUGUACCUUGUUCUGUGACUGCAAAUGUUGUCCGCGCGGCGCCGGCAUCGCCAUUUUCUGCACCUUCAUGGCGGUUUUCAUAGUGCUCUCACUCAUCAUUUGGUACGGCAGGUGGUAUCAGAAACCGAUCGACAAUUUGCGUAGUUACUUCAGAGAGUAUCGCAAUACAUACAACGCCGAGCCUUUAAUCAAAAAUUAUUCAUCGUAG